AUGGCCGAGCGAAACCCCCGUCCUGGCGACAAUUGGGCGCUCCGCUACGACAAAAUGCGCUUUCACAUCCCAACAUCCUUCUGCGAAUUGCCGUAUAUGCGCUACGACAAGGAGCUGCAGACUCCUCACCUCCUCACCAAGGAUGACUUGGCUGCGCAGGUUCGGCGAUAUGUAGCAGCCUUCAACCUCAACAUCAUCACCUCGGCACAGAUCCUGUCGACGCAGUACGAUCAGCUGUCCCAGCGGUGGACUGUCAAGUUCCAGACUCCGGCGGGCCAGCGUACAGCGGUCUCUAGGCACCUCGUCCAGGCCACGGGCCUGGGAUCGCAGAAGCCCUACCUUCCGCCGAUGAAAGACGAGGGUCUGUACAAGGGCACCCGGGUGCAUUCGGCACAGUAUCGGAAUGCCAAAGAGUUCACGGACCAAGGAGCCAAGACUGCCCUGGUGAUCGGGUCGGCCAAUACAGCAUUCGACGUGCUCGAAGACUGCCACUCGGCCGGUCUGCAGACGACCAUGGUUGUCCGGACGCCGACUUACAUCGUCCCACUCGAAUACGUCUGCAACCAGCACAGUCUAGGCGCCUACGACUUUGGCGUCGAGGCGGCCGAUAGACUCUUCCUGACACUCCCAUUAGCCGUGGACGGCCAACUGGCCCGCGACCUUUUCCGGCUACUUGCUUCCAAGGAGCCCGACCGCUACGCGGCCCUGGAAGCGGCCGGCUUCCCCGUCGUCGACAGCAGCCAUCCGGACUCGGCCCUGAUGCAUAACCUCCUCGAGCGUGCCGGCGGGCACUACGUGGACACAGGCGCCACCAAGCUGUUCGAAGAGGGGAAGGCAGGCGUGAAGGCCCUCGUCGAGCCCGUCGCGUACACAGAAACAGGCCUGCGCUUCUCCGACGGCAGCACCCUCGACGCGGACGUCAUCAUCUGGUGCACUGGGUUCGCCGACAAGGACGUCCGCUCCACGGCGGCCGAGAUCCUGGGCGGCGGAUCUGCUGCUGCCAACGAUGACAAGAAUGCUCGUCUUCUCGGCCCCUCGGAGAUCGCUGCCCGGCUUGAUGCUACCUGGGGCAUUGAUGCGGAGGGAGAAAUCCGCGGCAUGUGGAAGCGCCAUUUGCGGCUUGACAAUUAUUGGGUUGCCGGCGGCUUUACACAGCAACACCGGUGGCAUUCGAAGACCCUAGCCCUGCAGAUCAAGGCUGAGCUGGAGGGUGUCUUGCCCCCGGCCUACCGGGAGACCCCUGUGCCGAGGGCGUGA